AUGUGUGUGUGUGUGUGUGUGUGUGUGUGUGUUUCAGGUCUGCUGGUGGGUGCACUGGACACUGUGCUGGACUCUAAUGCUCGAGUGGCUCCGUUCCGGAUCGUUCUGCAUGUGCCUGAAUCUCAGCUCAGCUGGGUCAUAGCCAGCGGAGGGACGAUAGAGGAGGUGAUGAAACACUGGAAAUGGCUGGAUCAGAACCUGCUGCCGUACAUGGCUGUGUUUGAGAAUAAAGAAGAUGCCGCCAGUUUUGUUCAGGGCAAAGUCAAAGGUUUGAUUGCGGAGGAGGUUUUGGGUGGUCAGGCAGCUCAUGAAGAUGAUCCCGCACGCUUUCGGGAAGAUCUGGUGCGUUUCGAGCAGCGCUUCGGCCUCCCGCAGCGAGAGAAGCUGGUGGUGCAUUACUCCUGCUGCUGCUGGAAGAGCCGUGUCCCGCGGCAGGGCUCGCUGUACCUCACCACCAACCACAUGGCCUUCUACUCAUUCCUGCUGGGCAAAGAGGUGAAGCUGUUAGUCCCGUGGGCUGAAGUGACGCGGCUGGAACGCGUGUCGGUGGGUGUGCUGACGGAUGUGAUCCGCGUUCACACCAGACGGAAACACAGAGAGUUCUCCAUGUUUAUGAAUGUAGAGGAGGUGAUGAUGGUCAUGUGUCAGCUGGCUGAUAUCGCCCUCCGCAGGCUGCUGGACAGCGGCGGACUCACGCUUGAUCAGGCACUGCAGGACUUCACCAACAUUACUAAGAGAGUUUUGGAGGAACAGGCCCUCAGACAGUAUGUGCUCUCUCUCUUCGGGCUUCCUCGAGGUGAGCAACUGCAGGAAGUGAUGUCAUGCUCGCUGUGGACUCCUCACGCCCGCUGUCACACGUCGGGCACCGUUUACACCACCGAUGGGUAUCUGUGCUUCAGCAGCCGGCAGGAGGGCCAGUGCGCGCUCAUCAUCCCACUGGCGGAGAUAGUCUCAGUAGAGAAGGCAGACAGCACCGCUGCUCUCCCGAACCCGCUGAUCAUCAGUGUCCGCUGUAAGCGUGCGUUCCAGCUGAUCGAGCUGCAGCAGCGGGACACACUGGUGGAGAAGCUGAGGGAGCGGCUGCGGGAGCUGCACUGGAGACAGGCUGUGAUUCGAGGACAUGAGCAGCGCAAGAAGACCACGGUGUCCUCCACGCCAUACUACACCUUCUGUUACGACACCAUUCAGUCAGAUGAGGAGGACGGCAGCGUCAGCAUCUCUGAUAAAGCUCUGCGUCACACUGUGCUCAGCAACACACUCCUGUCCUCAUUCCACCCCAGCCAAUCAGACGCCAGCGGCACACGGAACACAGAGCAGGUGCGUGAGCGUCUGUGGCAGGAUCACUUCAGUGAGUUUGGUCGUGGUGUCCACAUGUUCCGCUCAGAGAAGAUCCGCACGCUGGUGUCGCUGGGCCUGCCGGAGUCUCUGCGCGGGGAGCUGUGGCUGCACUUCUCAGACGCCAGCUCAUCUCUGGCCGCUCACCCGAACUACUACGCUGAUCUGCUGGAGAAGUGCAGAGGAGAGAGCAGCGUGGCCACAGAGGAGAUCGAGCGGGAUCUGCACCGAUCAUUACCGGAGCAUCCGGCGUUCCAGAGCGAGACCGGCAUCAGUGCACUGCGCCGUGUGCUCACCGCAUACGCCUACCGCAACCCCUCCAUCGGCUACUGCCAGUCCAUGAAUAUCCUGGCGUCGGUGAUGCUGCUGUACCUCAGAGAGGAGGAGGCCUUCUGGCUGCUGGUGACCGUGUGUGAGCGCAUGCUGCCCGACUACUUCAACCGCAGGGUCAUCGGUGCUCAGGUGGACCAGUCGGUGUUCGAGGAGCUGAUCCGCGAGCGUCUGCCGGACCUGGCGGCUGCUGUCGGGGAUGUCUCCCCGCUGGCGUCUGCGUCUCUCACCUGGUUUCUGACUCUGUUUGUGAGCGUUCUGCCGUUCCGCAGCGCUCUGUGUGUUCUGGACGGCUUCUUCUACCAGGGCAUCAGAGCCAUCUUCCAGAUCAGCCUGGCGGUGCUGGAGGCCAACGCAGCCGAGCUGAGCGGCUGCACUGAUGACGGAUACGCCCUCAUCAUCCUCUCUACUUUUCUUGAGCGGGUCCGUCAUGAGGAUGAAUCAGCUGAUCAUCUUGAAAAUGCAGGAGCUUCUCAACAUCUGAACAUCACCAACCUCAUCACUGACGCAUACGAGAAGUUCAGCAGUGUGUCCGUGAAGCAGCUGGAGCAGAUGCGGUGUCUCCACAGGCUGCAGGUUCUCCAGGCUCAUGAGGACACCAGUAAAGACAACGCUCUGCGGUUGGUCACUCCAGAUGUGUCUCUGCCGCAGGAACAUCUGUCUGACCUCUACGACCUCUUCAAGACAGAGCACUUCAUCAGUCUGUACUGGGGAGAGAGUGUGUGUUGCUCUGCCGCCGCUGCGUCCUCCAGCACGGAGCCGUAUUUUCUGGACGGAGCUCAGUUUAAGAGUCUGUUUGAGCUGCUGGCGCCGUGGCCCUGCGGCACACACACCGACACACUCGCGCAGCGCGCAUUCACACUGCUGGACCAGGACCGAGACCAGCGCGUCAGCUUCUCUGAGUUCAUACACAUGCUGGAUGUCCUCUACUGUGAGGAGCUGAAUGAGAAGAUCCGGCUGCUGUACCGCCUGCACAUCCCGCCAGCUCUGAGUGAGGAUUCAGAAGACUCGUCUCCGCUGAAGAGUCCAGUAUUGUCCAGCACCAGACCGCUCUACGUCAACCUGCCCAAUGGCGAGAGGAAGAGUUAUGAGGAGCAGCUGCAGCAGAUGCUGGAGGAUCUGAACAGCAGAAAGAAGGACCAAGAGAAACCCCUGCCCCACAUGAACCAGCGCGAGUUCAUCCAGUUCUGCAAGACGCUCUACAGCAUGUUCCAGGGCGAGUCCAGCGAGUCGGAGCUCUUCCAGGCCAUCGGGAUGUUCACCAGCCUGCUGCUGCAGAUCGGGGAGGCCCGACAGCACUCAGACGCAGCAGACGAGCAGUGGACGGUGAGUUUCCAGCAGAUUCUGGCCUCCUUCCUGACCGAACAGGUGCUGGUCAACUUUCUGGAGCGACCCGUGGACCUGAGCGCCAGAAUCUGCACCGCCAGAGAGCGGCAGUACCAGGAGCGUGCAGGAGUGCUCAUGAUCCAGCACACAUGAGGAGGAAUACAACACAACACAACACAACACUCCUUUACUCUGUACUAGACCUGAGUUUCUUCCUUCUGUUGAACACUAAAGAAGAUAGUUUGAAGAAUACUGGAAACCUGUAACCAUUGACUUCCAUUGAAGGAAAAACAAAUGCGUAGUCAAUGGUUUCCAGCAUUCUUCUAAUGAUCUUCUUUUGUGUUCAACUGAAGAAAUUCAGAUUUAACAAGUGAAGGGCGAGUUAAAGAAUUGUAUUUUUUUCCUUAAAGGGGUCAGACCUUUCUACUGUUGAAUACAAGGAUAUUUUAAAGAAUGUUGGAAACCAGUAACCAUUGACUUACAUUAUGAAAAAAUUAAAUGCUAAAUCAAUGGUUACUGGUUUCCAGCAUUCUACAAAAUCUCUUUUGUGUUUAAUAGAUAAAAACUAGAUUGGAAACAAGUGAAGAGCAGGUAAAGGAUGACAGAAUUGUAUGUUUUUCCUUUAUAGGGACUGUUAACCCCCCAAAAAGAACAAAUCUUAAUAUUUACUCAACCUGAAGACAUUUAAACCUUUAUGAGUUUCAACUUUCAACUCCCCCAACUUUAUGAGGAAGAUAUUUUGAAGAAUGCUGAAAACCGAUAACCAUUGACUUCCAUAGUAGGAAAAACAAAUGCAAAGUCAGUUGUUUCCAGCAUUCUUCAAACUAUCUUCUUUUGUGUUCAACAGAAGAAACUCAGAUUUAAUCAAGUGAAGGGAGAGUAAAAUACUUGUAUUUUUCCUCUAAGGGGUCAGUUCACAUUAAAAAAGAAUGGUUACAUGAUAUUUACUCCACAUAAAGGGGUUUCAGACCUUUCUACUGUUGAAAACAAAAAAGAUAUAAGAAAAAUACUGAAAAACAAAUGUAAGUCAAUGGUUUCCAGCAUUCUUCUAAAUAUCUUCUAGUGUGUUCAACAGAGAAAAUUCAGAUGUAAACAACUGAUGGUAAAAUACUUGUAUUUUUCCUCUAAGGGGUCAGUUUACCCAAAAAAAGAAUGGUUACUUGAUAUUUACUCCACAUAAAGGGUUUCAGACCUUUCAACUGAUUAAUGCAAAAAAAAAGAUAUUUUGAAGAAUGUUAGAAAUCAGUAACCAUUGACCUACAUUGUAGAAAAAUUAAAUGCUAAAUCAAUGGUUACUGGUUUCCAGCAUUCUUCAAAAUAUAUUCUUUUGUGUUUAAUAGAAGAGUUUCUUUUUUUUAUCUGUUAAACACAAAGGAAGAUAUUUCAAAGAAUGCUGAAAACCGAUAACCAUUGACUUCUAUAGUAGGAAAGACAAAUUUAAGUCAAUGGUUUCCAGCAUUCUUCUAAUUAUCUUCUUUUGUGUUCAACAGAAGAAACUCAGAUUUGAAGUGAAUGUUGCCUGAAACUUAUUUUUGUUUUCCUUUAAAGCGACUGUUCAUCGUUGGAAAUGAAUGUUCCCUCUCCCUCAUGUGCUUUCAAACUUUUAUGAGUUUCUUUCUUCUGUUGAACACAAGAGAAGAUAUUUUGAAGAAUGCUGGAAAUCGGUAAUCCUUGAAGUCCACGGUAGGACAAGCAAAUACUAUAGAAGUCAAUGGUAACCGGUUUCUAACAUUCUGUGUUCAACAGAGGGAUGAAAAUCAGAUUUGAAACAAGUAAAGGGUGUGUAAAAGAUUUAAUUGUAUUUCUGUAAAGGGAUAGUUCACCCAAAACUGAAAAUGAUGUUGUCAAUUACACAGCCUUCCCUUAUUCCAAACCUUUACUAGUUUCUUUAUUCUACUGAACACAAUGAGAUCUUUUAAGGAAUGUUGAAAACUGGUCACUUUUUACUUCAAUAGUAUUGUUUUUUCUACACUGGAAGUCAAUGGUUACCGGUUUCCAACAUUCUUCAAAAUAUCUUCUCUUGUGUUCAACAAAAGAGAGAAACUAAUAAAGUUUUAAAACCAAAUGAGGCAGAGUAAAUAAGUAAAUAGUAAUUUUUUGGGGGGUAAAAAUUAUCCACAAAAACAAAACAAAAUAAAAUCAACAAAAAGGGGGCCGUUCACCCUAAAAUGAAAAUGUACACUAUUUACUUUAAACACCCUAUAUUGAACUAUGCUGGAAACAGGAAACCAUUGACUUGCAUAGUGGGAGAAACUAAUACUAUGGAAGUCAAUGGUUACCCGUUUUUAUCAUUCUUCAGAAUAUCUCCUUUAGUGUUCAACAGUAAAAGGAAACUCAUAAAGGUUUGGAAACACUUGUGGGGGAGUAAAUAUUGUAAUUUUUGUGUGAACUGACCCUUUAUUGAUCAGCAGUUAUCUGAGAGUUGAGUUUAUUUGCUCAUUUGGGCUGGUAAUAAAUCAGUGGAGAGAUGAUCCAGCCCAGAUGAAGAGCACACCACACACAAUCCCAUGAUGCCACUGGGGUGAGCUGGACUCCCCCAAUCAAUGACCAGUUCCAGAUUUAAAGGCACAGUUCACCCCAACUAAAGAAUAUUUACUCACGCCUUACUCUCCCUCAGGCGAUUAUAACCCUUUAUGUGUUUCCCUCUGUUGAACACAAAAGAAGAUAUUUUGAAGAAUGCUGCAAACCUGACUUCCGUAAUAUUUGUUUUUCCUACUAUGGAAGUCAAUGGUUACUGGUUUUUAACAUUCUUCAGAAUAUCUUCAACAGAAAAGAGAAACUUAUAAUCCACUUGAGGGAUAAUAGUGGGUAAAUUUCUCAUUUUGGGGUGAACUGACCCUUUAAUGUCAGACGUGAUGAACUCUGAGUUCAGUUUAUUUACACAUUUUAGUCUGGGACAGUAACUUGAUGCACUGUGAAUGGAGAAAUGAUUCUGAAUGCACCACUAUUCUCUCUUGGACAGAUUCAGAGUUUAGUGUUUACCAGCAGGAGGCGCUCUAGGCUUCACUAACAGGCCAACUCUGGUCAUUAUAUCACUCGUCAUCACUCCAGGUAAAUGAAUCAAUAAUGAAGGUCAGAAAUUGAAUUACAAGAGUGUGUUCACAUUUACAAAAUAUCCAGAUGAGUAGAUAAAUGAGCUUAAAUCUGCUGUUAUCUAGUCUAGAGCGCCAUCUCCUGUUAAACAUGAUGCUCAGAGUUUAUUCAAGAGACUCAUGAGGCGUUCAGUCUUAAUAAUGACCGCUUAAUAGCAAUGCAUCAACUUAUGGUCCCCGCGUCACAUGUUCUGGCUUUAAAACACACACACUUGAUCAGUAUUCAGCUUCUGUUCACACACACACACACACUUCAGAUAAUGUUUGCAUUUGUCCACAUGAGCAUUAUUAACCUGAUGGAUUUGGAUGUGCACCAUGUGAAGUUGCUGAGUCCUGAUGGGUUUGUUUAUAUGAGGGACUGAAUGAAGGAGAUCAGCAUUACUGAUCAUGUGACCCGCAGCGUUUAACAUGUUUUACUCAUUUUAAUUAAUUAAAACUAUCACAGUACAGAGUCAGUGCUGGAGAGGAUGCAGCUUUAAUCUUUAUAUGUAAUGUUACGUCUCUUAAUUCUACCAAACAUGCUGCAUCUCUAGAUGUAGAAGUGCCUUAUACAGCGAGCCAUAUGGGAUUCUGCUGAUUGUGCCAGUGUGAAAGCCAAAGGGACCAUCUUUAACCCUUGUGUGUUCAGACUGACUCUCCUUUGGUGAUGUUGGUGCUGCUUUUACCCCAUUGACUUCCAAUAUAAUCACAUUUAUUGAUUGUGACGCCAUGACGGCAGAUUAUAGCGCAUGUGUGCAGAAAUACACUGUUCUAAGAUAUCAGGAUUAUUUUGAGCUUCUCAGACAUUUCAACAGGGAAAACCAGCAACAGUCAGGAAUGCAGGACUAUCUGCGGUCAUGGCUUCACAAUCAAUAAAUGUGAUUAUCAUGGGGCAGAAUCAGCAGCAGCAUCAGUAAAGAGGAGUCAAUCUGAACAGAGUGUGUCGAUUCUCAAAACAUUUUCCCAAAAUAUGUGUCAAAAUAAGAUUUGUGACCGAAGCUCUUUCCGUUUGCUGACACAGAGAGAAAGAGGAGACCAAAUUAAGCCUCAAAAUCAGCCCAGAGUGGGUGAAAACGACCCAGCAGCACACAAGGGUUAAUUCCUCACUGUUACACACACCGCUUAUCCAGAUGAAGCAUUAAAUCAAUCGUCAGAGCCGUCCUGAUCUUUAUGUAGCAUUAGCUGAUGUUCACACAUCUUCAUGAUGUUGUUUGUUUACGUCCGCAUGUCAACACGGAGCAAUUAAAGAACAUGUACAACA